AUGUCAUUGCAGUACAAAAGAAUCAAGGAUAUCUUGGUCCUUUUGAUACCAAUAUUAGUUGUUGAUUCUUUAUUUAUUUCAAGCUCAUUAUUCAUACAGAUUAUUCAUCACCCAAAAUCAUUUUCCCCAUGUUCAUUAGAAUAUGUUAGAACUUUUAUAUUGGCAACAUUAAGUUCAUCACUUGUUAAUAUUGGUUCUAAAUAUUUCCGUCAUUUCUAUAACUUGAAAGUUAUCAUUGAAUUCUUAGCAUUACUAUUAUUAGCAUAUCCACAAAAGACAGAGAUUGAACAAACUUUUUCAAAUUGGAACCUUGUUAAAAGGGAAAGUUAUUUAUUUGGAGCAAUUUAUAAUUUGAUUAAUCAUUCGAUUUAUCUUUACGGUGAGAUUCGAAUUAUUUGGUUCCAACCUUUGGAUUAUGCACAAAUUGAAGUUACUCGUCAGCAAUCGAAUGAAAAUAUUAGUGAAUUGGUUAGACAGAAAUCAACAUUAUCAAAUUGUAUUCAAGUACGGAGAAAUUCAUACAUCAAGAAAAAUGUUUAUUCUCCUGUGAAUAACAUUGGUGAAUCUUCAUUAAAUGAGAAUGAUUAUCUGUUAAAAUCAGAUCAAAUCAACAAUAACAAUAAUACAUUAGUUGUGGAUUAUAAUUCAGAUUCAAUUGAGUUUUUAAACCCAAGUACUUCAUACAACAAUGACCAUUCUAAAACACCAAAUCUUACACCAGUCCAUACCAAUUAUGGUUCAGUUGUUUCAUUCACUUCACUUAAUAAUUUAAUAUCACCACCAAACCCUUCAAAAUCACCAUUAAUUUCAAUUCUAGAAAUCAUUGCAUGGUCAAUAAUUUCAUCUUUUUAUGAGAUUGGGAUCUCUUUAAUCUUGUCAAUCACUUUCAUUUAUGUUCCUGAUUUGGAUGAUAGUUUAUUCUCCUGGUUAGAAAUUUAUUAUUAUAACAAUAUAGAUAAUUUCAUAGUGGAGGUUGUUGUUCCAGUUGGGAUUAUUACAAGUUUUGUUCAUUAUUGUAUUACAUCAAAUUAUCAAACGUCACCGCAAUUAACGCUAGUGGCAUUUUUUGCUGUUUCAUUCGUUUUAUUUACAUUUGGAUUGGGUUUUACAUAG